AUGCUGCCUCAAAAUCUGUCUCUGCCCUUCGACAAUAUCACAGCAAUAGUCGUUGUGGCCGCCGCAGUCUCUACUAUUAUACUUUACAAUGUUUAUACUAAUCCCUUGUCUCAAUUACCGGGUCCUUGGUAUACGAAAUGGUCAUCGGGUAUCCUAAAGUAUAACAUUAUCAAAGGAACGAGACCUUUGUAUGUUCACGACCUCCACUGCAAAUAUGGUUCGAUUGUCAGAGUUAGCCCGACUGAAGUCCACGUUUCCGAUAUCGCAGCCACAAAGAAGAUCCAUAAUGUUAAGGGUUCUUUCAAAAAGUCGCCUUGGUAUAGGUUGUUCACACCUCCAACGGUCUUGAAUGUAUUCAAUACUAGCGAUAUUGAAUUUCAUCGAAAUCUUCGACGCCUUCUUUCAUCGCCUAUGUCGGAAUCAUCGCUUAAACAUGUAGAAGUUUUCAUUCGUCGGAAUAUAGAUCUCGCAGUGAAAGGCAUUACUGAGGAAAUGUCACAACGAGGUGCAGGGGAUGUUUCCAAGUGGUGGAUGUUCAUGGCGACUGAUGUGAUUGGAGAACUCAGCUUUGGCGAAUCCUUCAAGAUGCUGGAGUCUGGUAAGAAAAACCAAUAUAUUCUGGAUAUCGAAGCAAAUGGGUCUGCCGGAGGCAUUCGAGGCACCUUCCCAUUUAUGGUGAAGCUAUCCAAUGUGAUCCCACUACCUGCUCUCAAGGUGGCAGCUGCAUCUGGAAAGCGAUUACGGGAGUACGCGGAACAGUCGAUUGCGCGAUCGAAAAGAGUGGCUGCAGAGAUGGAAUCUUGUCCAAUGCUUCUUAAGAAACUUUUUCGCAGCGAUGAAAACGGGCUGUCUGAUAAGGACAUUGUAGACAACGCAAUGUUAUUCAUCGUCGCCGGCAGCGAUACGACAGCCAACACUAUGACGUACCUGACGUGGGCUGUUUGCAAACAUCCUCAAGUGAGAGAUGCAUUAGUGGAGGAGCUCCGUUCUCUUCCGCCAGACUUCACUGACCAAGAUCUCCGUGGCUUGACGUGUCUGAACAAUAUUAUCAAAGAAACUUUGCGAUUAUACGGCGCCGCGCCGUCCGCCUUGCCCCGCAUGGUGCCAGCAGAGGGCGUUGAGUUUCUUGGUCAUAGAUUGCCAGGAGGAACGACUGUAUCCACCCAGGCUUACACCUUGCAUCGCAAACCGGAAAUUUUCCCGAAUCCAGAAUCCUUCGAGCCUAGCAGAUGA